AUUUUGUAAUUACUUAGGCGUCUGAAUCGAGGACCUUCAAACAGGCAGCUGAUGAUACUGCCAGCAGGAACACUUUAGAAUAAGAAAGAAAUUAAUAAUAAGACGGUAUUUCGGUAUUGGACGAUGCUUGUUUUUAUCGUAAUAAGUUCGAUUUAAUGAAUGUCAGUUUUAUGAUGUGGGAGAAAUGUGCGGAUCUAUGAAGUCAGCGCUGUAGAUGAAGAUCAUGGCGUUUCAGGAGGGAGAAUCACUCGAAUCCUGGCUCAACAAAGCCACACACCCGACAAACCGUCAGGAAGACUGGGAAUACAUAAUCGGCUUUUGUGAUCAGAUCAAUAAAGAGUUAGAGGGUCCUCAGAUUGCUAUUAGACUUCUCGUUCAUAAAAUUCAUUCACCACAAGAAUGGGAAUCUCUUCAAGCUCUUUCAGUACUGGAAGCUUGUAUGAAGAACUGUGGACGGAGAUUUCACAAUGAAAUUGCCAAGUACAGGUUUUUAAAUGAAUUGAUCAAAGUGGUUUCACCUAAGUACAUGGGUAACCUCACCUCAGAAAAGGUGAAGACCAAGGUCAUAGAGGUCUUGUAUAGUUGGACAGUAGCGUUUCCUAAUGAAACCAAGAUAUCAGACGCUUACCAAACACUGAAGAAACAAGGACUUGUGAAGACAGACCCAGAACUGACUGCAGAUAAAGCUCUCAUCCCGUCUCCUCCUGCACGGCCCAAAAAUCCUGUAUUUGACAAUGAGGAUAUGGGGAAGUUGUUGUCUGAACUCCUGAGGAGCAAAAACCCAGAAGAUCUUCAGGAGGCGAACAGACUGAUCAAAAACAUGGUGAAAGAGGAUGAAGUCAGAGUACAGAAGAUAACCAAACGCAUGAACACGCUGGAGGAGGUCGACAACAACGUGAAGCUCCUGGGAGAAAUGUUGAGUCAGUACAACAAAGAGCGCUCGACAGAUGCCGACCGUGAGCUCCUCAAGGAUCUGUAUGACCGCUGUGAUAAACUCAGACGCACGGCGUUUAAACUGGCCACUGAAGCGGAGGACAACGACAACAGUUUAGGUGACAUUCUGAAGGCAAACGAUGAUUUGUCGAGAGUAAUAAACUCAUACAAACACAUUGUAGAAGGACAGCCAGCUGACAGUGAGAUUGACCGGAUCAGACCGGCAGCCAGUGAAGCACCCGAGACCACAGGCCCAUUGAUUGAUCUGGCUGGUUUGGAUGAAAUUUCCUCUCCCCCCACAGUUCCUCCUCCUCAUGUGUUCUUAACCGAACCCAUUUCUGCUUCUUUCCCUGUGCUGCUGCCGCCUCCUCGUCGAUUGGUUGAAGGUCACGCCAGUGAAACCGGCAGCCCCAGUCAUAAACCCCCUGAUCAACAAACCUCUCUCUCCCUACUGGACGAUGAACUCUUGUCUCUUGGGUUAAAUGACCUGCCCCCUGUGCCAAAUAGACCAAAUUUGGAUGAAUUAUCGAGUCAAUGGACUUCCUUACAGGCUCCUGAAACGGGUCUGGAUCUGUUUGGAAGUUUCACAGGUUCGACCUCUCAUACACCUGCACCUAUACCUGCACCAACUUCACACACUCCUGCUGUCAAUCAGUGUCUGGAUGAUCUCUCCAUGCUGGACUUCGGAGCUGGAAAGAGUGUCUCUGCUUUGAGUGGCAUCACUGGUGGCACUUUUGGUCUUUCUGGAGGUGCUUUGGGUCCCACACCUGCUUCUCUACCAACCGCUAACCUGUUCGGGAGCGCUGCAGCAUCCGCCUCACCCGCUGUGGCCCGGGCUCCGGCUGGUACGGGUAGCUCGGCUCCGGGCAGUCCGUUCUUUCACCCAUUCUCAUCUUCAUCUCAAUCCCUCCAGAGCAGCCCGGCAAAGACCUCAGAGCCGAGCCUGGCCAACGUCUUCGUUCCCCUGGAAUCAAUUAGACCAAGUAAACUCUUGCCUGUUACGAUGUAUGAUAAGGACGGAGUUCGGCUUAUGAUGCACUUUGCGAUGGACUGUCCACCAGGUCGGCCGGAUGUUCUGGUGAUGGUCGUGUCGAUGCUCAACACGGCACCUUUACCUGUGAGGAACAGCGUGUUGCAGGCGGCCGUUCCCAAGACUAUGAAAGUGAAGCUUCAGCCUCCGUCAGCAGCAGAGAUCGCACCCUAUAAUCCCAUCCUGCCUCCUGCAUCCAUUAUUCAGGUCAUGCUGCUCGCAAACCCACUGAAGGAGCGAAUCCGUAUGCGCUAUAAGCUGACGUAUCUGCUGGGAGAGCGUCAGUACAAUGAAUCUGGAGAAGUGGAUGAGUUUCCUCCAGCCGAUCGAUGGGGUUCUCUAUAGGAGAUCUACGCUUCAUAAACAUUCAUUCUCAAGUAUUUGCAUUCAGCUGUCCUGUUAUUUAUUAUUUGAAUCAGUGUUAUACUGUAACGUGAAUCGGCUUUCAACGCUUUAUACUUUUGCAACAAAUCAAGAGAGAUAAUAGUUGAAAGUCUUUGAGUGACGCACUGAUUUGUGAUGAAUCUGACAGACGGAGGUUUUCGCUGAUGCUUCUUCGUGCGAAACGUAUUUUCCACCAACAAUGUCUUAAGUUGCAUAUAAAACUUCAUAUUAAAUAAACCACUCGUGAAGUGCAUAUACUGUAAAUAGCACGUAGUGUGAAAAGUCGUGCAAUACAUACGACAAAUUCCAAUUUUGCGUGCAUAUGAUACGCCAAUCCUUCCCGUUCACUUAAUACGGAGCGCCUUUUUCGUGUCGUUUUAUGUAUUUUUAAACCAAUUGAGAAACAAUUACAUAAAACGACACAAAAAGAUGCGCCAUAUUAAGUGAACAGGAAGGACUGGAGUAUCAUAUGCAUGCAAAAUUGCAUGACUUUUCACACUGCGUACUAUUUAUACGCACUUCAUGAGAAUCGUAGAUGAUUAAACCAAACAUUUAGUAUUUAGUUUGACCUCUUGUGCUUGAUGGUUUUCUGAAAAUGUUCUUUUCAAGUUUCACGCCAUGAUUUAUAACCCUUAGUUAUUUUGGUGGAAACUAUGCUUAUCGUGGUAAAUUUGGAAGCUGAGAUGAUACUGAUGAUGUCACAUUCGCCGCUGUUAUUAAAAAGUUCUUGAUUAAACGCUUUUAAAAAACAAACAUGCUGUUUAAUUAGUAGGCAAUCUUUAAAUCUUUAACCCUCGUGAGCUUGAAGAUUGAAUGUUAUUACAGAUGCUGUGAGUUCACACACAUACAGUCGAAAUAGCACGGUCAUAUACAGUUUAUUCUCAUUUAUUUUGGGGUUUUAUUUAUUUCUGUUAAAUAAAGAUCUAAAGUUUACUGAUGUUGAGUUUAAAACAUUACAGUCUGUCUGUGUCUGAUUGUGAAUGAUUAUAACACAUAUUUAGGAUGAAAUGGUCAUAUUUCAUUCUAAAUAAAAAAAUAAUUACAUUUUAAGUUUUGUUUUUUUAAACAGUACAGUUAUUUAGGGAAAUCCAGACAGCAGACGACUCCGGGCCGGAUUCGGCCUGAAAUGAUUACAAUGAUGGUUGUAACUUCAAAAAAUCUACAAAAUACUGUUUUUAUCUUAUUGAUUUUACCUGGAAUAUGACCCAGACCCAGAUUGUUUGUCCAAAUGUUGGAUUAUUAUUAUUAGGAUUUGUUUACUGGGUGAUCUUCACGUUUGACUUUAAAAUAGGUUUAGCAAAUUAUCAAAAACAAAGUCGUCUUGACAUGAUUUGAAAACGGUCUUAUUAAAAGUUAAAAUAGCUGCGAGUACUGCUGAUACAGCACUGAUCUGAGAUCAUUAUGAUCUGAUAUAUGAUCUCUGCACCUUUAUAAAGAAAUUAUAAUGGACUGUUAGUUACUCUAGUGGACUUUAGAUGCAUUAUUGCGCCUAAUAAUCUAAUAAUAUUCUUAAAUGUUAAAUUGCAGCAUCAGAAUUAAUACCAAAAUAAAAGACAAGAGACAUUUGUAUCUAAUCUGAGAGAUUUGUGAUGAUGUAUCUGCUCUCACAUGUUAUCAUGUGCUGCAUUACGCCCACAAAAACAGUUAAGUCUUUAGACGUCAACAUACAGUUGGUCCGUAACAAUAAACUUUCAUCCUACAAACCUCCAAAAAUCAGAUUUCCGGUGUAAAAUUAUAUUUCCACGCUGUUUCUGAAAUCCUGAUGUGGUUGUUUGUCACAAUAUUUGUGUCUUCUGGACUGUGAAGUACACAAAUAUGUGUGUGUGUGUUGAAUAUGAAAUGUAUGUCACAUCUGUACAGUAAACAGAAUAAACCUGUUGUUACUGCAUGCAAAAUAAAAUAUUGAAGCAGA